AGUAGCUGAGAGGAAAAAGGGGGAAUGGACGCAGAGACACUCAGCAUCUGUACCAAACGAUGAAGGUUGAGUCAGAUGCAACGGAUUUAGCAUAAAAUAAGGAAAGAGAAGAGCUGCUGUCACCAUGUAUGGUUUUGUGAAUCACGCCCUGGAGCUCCUCGUUUUAAGGAAUUACGGGCCGGAAGUGUGGGAAGACAUCAAGAGGGAGGCUCAGCUUGAUAUUGAGGGUCAGUUCCUCGUGAGAAUCAUAUAUGAAGAUGGCAAAACGUACGACCUUGUUGCUGCUGCAAGCAAAGUUCUCAAGGUCGAUGCAGGAGCCAUCUUGCAGAUGUUUGGGAAGAUGUUUUUCGAAUUUUGCCAAGAGUCGGGAUAUGACACCAUCUUGCGGGUACUGGGAUCAAAUGUUCGUGAAUUCCUGCAGAAUUUGGACGCUCUACACGACCACCUGGGUACCAUUUAUCCUGGGAUGAGGGCUCCCUCGUUCCGCUGCACUGAUGCGGAGAAGGGGAACAAUCUGAUUCUGCACUACUACUCAGAGAGAGAAGGCCUGCAAGACAUUGUGAUUGGCAUCAUUAAAACCGUCGCUCAACAAAUCCAUGGAACAGAGAUAGAGAUGAAGAUGAUCCAACCGAAAAGCGAGGAGUGCGACCACAUCAAGUUCCUGAUCGAGGAGAAGGACUCGGAGGAAGAGGCGUUUUACGAGGACCUGGACGGCUUCGAGGAGAACGGCACACAGGAGACUCGGAUCAGCCCGUACACGUUUUGCAAGGCCUUCCCAUUCCACCUCAUGUUCGACAAAGACCUGAUGCUCACACAGUGCGGGAACGCCAUUUAUCGAGUCCUGCCUCAGCUCCAGCCUGGUACCUGUAUCCUCCCUUCAGUGUUUUCUUUGGUCCGCCCUCACAUUGACUUCAGCUUUCAUGGCAUCCUCUCCCACAUCAACACCGUCUUCGUUCUGCGAAGCAAGGAGGGCCUGCUGAAUGUGGAGACUGUAGAGAAUGAGGACGAGCUGACGGGGGUGGAGAUCAGCUGUCUGAGAUUGAAAGGACAGAUGAUUUACUUGCCAGAGGCGGAGAACAUCCUUUUUCUUUGCUCACCCAGUGUUAUGAACCUGGAUGAUCUCACACGCAGAGGGCUUUACCUGAGCGACAUCCCGCUACAUGACGCCACACGUGACCUGGUACUGCUGGGCGAGCAGUUUCGUGAGGAGUACAAGUUGACUCAAGAGUUGGAAAUCUUGACAGAUCGUCUGCAGCACACACUCAGGGCCCUGGAGGACGAGAAGAAAAAGACGGACAGAUUGCUCUAUUCCGUUCUGCCGCCAUCUGUUGCCAACGAGCUGCGACACAAACGGCCCGUCCCAGCUAAACGCUACGACAACGUGACCAUCCUCUUCAGUGGCAUCGUGGGAUUCAAUGCCUUCUGCAGCAAGCACGCCUCGGCUGAGGGAGCCAUCAAGAUAGUCAACCUGCUCAACGAUGUUUACACGCGUUUUGACAUCUUGACAGACUCUCGGAACAACCCUUAUGUAUACAAGGUGGAAACGGUGGGUGAUAAGUACAUGACAGUGAGCGGCCUGCCAGAGCCGUGCACACACCACGCCAAGUCGAUCUGCCACCUCGCUCUUGAUAUGCUGGAGAUUGCCGGACAAGUUAAGGUGGAUGAUCUACCAGUGCAGAUUACGAUUGGGAUCCACACAGGAGAGGUGGUGACUGGUGUGAUUGGUCAGAGGAUGCCCAGAUACUGCCUCUUUGGAAAUACAGUCAACCUCACGAGUCGUACAGAAACAACUGGUGAAAAGGGUAAAAUAAAUGUCUCAGAAUAUACUUACCGGUGUUUGCAGUCUGCUGAGAACGCUGACCCUCAGUUUAAUUUGGAGUACCGGGGCCCCGUAACCAUGAAAGGAAAGAAGGAACCGAUGAAGGUGUGGUUUCUGUCCAGGAAUCCCACGGACACAGAGUCCACCACUGCUAGUUAAAGCUCAGCAGAUUGGAUUCAACACUACAACACCAUGAGUGUCAUCUACUGUAACAGGAGCUGCAGUGUGGUACUGUGUAGUCAGAAUUUCUUACACUCAUUUUGAGGCAGGGGAGAGAUGGAUCAGCUGAAAUAAAGAAAUGAUUAACUAUCUACAGACAUACAGAUAUUUUUAAUGUGAUAAUCCACAGCUGUUUCAACGUGAAUUUAAACCUGUGCCAUUGCUCUCCCUGCUUGUUUUUUUUGUGACCUCAGUAUAUAUUUUUUAGCGUAGACACAAUAGUUAAGUGUUCCAUGAAUAGUAGAGGUUAGUGAUAAUCAAGUUUGAUACAUUUUUGGACAAAAUAUUCUCACAUUGUUAUUGUACAUACAAAUCAUUAACAGUUUUGAUAAGCAAAACAUUUUCCAUCUAUCUUCAAUAUUUUUAGUUGCUAAUUUUGUCAUACUGCAUUUGUUCUAUAUUGAGAAUUUAAAGUCUAUUAAAUCAAAUAAACGAGUGUAAAAUAAAUAAAUAAAUAUAUAUAUAUAUAUAUAUAUAUAUAUAUAUAUAUAUACACACACACACAUACUUAAGCUUGUGCCAAACAAUACUGUCACUAUUUUAGGGAUCCAUUUAUUUGUUCAUUUGCUCUGAGAGUUUUACACUGAGUAUGUUACACUGGCACCACGAUCAUAAGAAGAAAUAAGAAUUUAGAUAUAAUAGCUGUUAUAUUUAUAUAGAUUUAUAUCACCGUGUUCACCACUUCUUUCUAUCUAGAGUCAUAUAUUACACGUCAAAGAUGUAUUUCAUGUUGAUUUAUUUUUAAAAAAGCCACAAAUGGUACACGUUGAACCUGUAUCAUCACCAACUGUUCACUUAAUUAUUAAAAUAGAUAUUUAAAAAUGAGCACUGUACACUACUUUGACAAAUUGAUUGCACCUCUUUGCUCACUUUUUGUCUGCUUCUGUGAAAUAAUAUUCACAUUUUCAGUUCUACUCAAUGUUAAGAUAGUCUUAAAGAUAUUUAUAUUUAUUGUUAACACCAUAUUAUAUGUUUUUUCUCAUAUGAAUACAUAAAGUAAACUCUAUUAUGGAUGACACUACGUUUUGUGCCUCUUUAAGUUAAACUAUGUACUGUAUGUGUUGGAUUCAUUUCACAUGUACCCCUCUUUUUUUUAACCUUAUAUUUCCAAAGUCCUUCAGCACAUUAUGCCCUAGAAAACAAUAUUUUCCAACCAUGCUGCUUCCUGUAUUAGAAACAAACAGGUGCCUCUUGUACUGUAUGAGUGCAUUGAUUGUUUUACUUUAACAAUGUUUCUGUCGAGAGGUAACUAAUAAAUACUAUUCUAAAGAA